GGCACCUCGAUUGCUCCUCGGGGUCGCCGUCGCCCUCCUUCCCCUCGACCUCCGCCGUCUCGGUCCUGCGGGCAGGCGCCUCUCACCGAACUCUCCUGUGCCAGAGCUGGCCCGCUCUGCAGGCAUGGCUCUCCCAUCACCGCCGUGGGGCUGCUGUGGCUCGCCGGCGGCCGGCCCGCUGGCGCCGUCAAGGCUGCAGACGCGGGCAUCCUCGAGCAGAGCGGCCCCGGCGUCGAGGCUCCCGUGGACGACCAGACCUUCACAUCGCCGGCCGGCAGAGGUGACCCGCGCCUGCAGAACAUCCACGGGCAGUCGUUCGACCUGAUGCUCCCAGGCAGGCACACGCUGCUCCACAUCCCGCGGGGCGCGAGCGCGCGGGGCACCCUGCUGCGGGUCGCGGCCAGGGCCAAGCGUAUCGGCCACCGCUGCACGGACAUGUACUUCCGCGAGCUGAACAUCACGGGGUCGUGGGCGGAGGCGAAGCGGCCCGGCGGCUUCCGCUUCGCGAUCGAGGCUGGCGGCGAGGUGGAAUCCAGCUGGAUGAGCUUCGGAGAGAUAUCCCUGAAAGUAAUCCAUGGACGCACCAACGAUGGCACCGAGUACUUGAACUUCUUCACCAAGCAUCUCGGCCGCACUGGAUUGGCCAUCGGAGGCUUACUCGGUGAGGACGACCACGAGUUGGAAUCGGCCCCAGAGCCUGGAUGCAAGCAUCAGGUUUCCUUGCUGGGAGGAUUCGGCGGUGGCAGCGAAGAUGCGCUGGCGGGUUCUGGUUCAUCUGGGAGGGCAAGUUUGGAUUAGCACGACGUGAGGGCAUGGGUUGCUCAUCCGGGUGCACGCAGGCGGCGGCCUCCACGGCCGCAGUUGCCGUCGGUCAGCUCCGCACCCCUCGCGCUUGCAACCCGAUCUGCCCCUGGCCCCUGUAAAGAGAAUCUCUCCCCUCGGACGCCAUCGUGCAUCAAUGCAGGCUCCCCCCCCCUGCGGCUCCCCCCAUGCAGCCAGGGGCA